CUUCUUCUUGGGGUGCUCAGUCUUCCUCGUCGGCUCCCCUUCCAUGGCUACAUCAACAACAAGAGGAAAAGAAGAAGAAGAAGAAGAAGAAGAAGAAGAAGCAUCAGUGAGGGCGACGAUGCAGCAGCAGCAACUCGCCCAGUCGUGGUGGUUCGGCAGUCUCAAGAAUUCCAGGCAAUCUCCAUGGCUGAUAUCAACACUCGCAGAGCUUGACGAGAAGACCAAACAGAUGCUGCGAUUGGUGGAGGACGAUGCCGACUCCUUCGCCAAGCGCGCCGAGAUGUACUACAAGAAGAGGCCUCAGCUGGUGAGCAUGAUCGAGGACUUCUGCCGCGCGCAUCGCUCUCUGGCCGUGCGGUGCGAUCAACUCAGAUCCGGCGGUGCGGCAUGUCGCGUCACCGCGGCGCUCGGUGCGUCUCGGUUGGAUAGGAGCUGGGCACGGAGCAUAAGCAGCGACAAGGGUGAAGUCGAGUCGCGGAGCUCUGCCUCGGAUUCCGACGACGACGAGGACUCCGAGGAGUCCGAAGUGGAUGAUCCCGAACAAGGAGGCGAGCGCAGGGAGAGGGAGACGCCAGACGCGGAUUUGGUGAAGCUGAUGGGUGAGGUUGAAAGACUCAAAGAGGAGAACGCAGCUCUGAAGUCGGAGAUCGCAGGAAAAGACGAAGAGAAGAGAGAUGUCAUCAGGCAGCUGGCGUUGUCGCUGCAGAUCCUGAAGGAGGAGCACGCCGGUCUCAGGAUGUGCAUCAAAGAUGGGAAGACGAAGGGACCCAUUUCUGAGUUCAAGAAGCUCACUAGGAAGCUUUUUGGGAGGCAAUGAAGGAAUCAAAAGACAACAUAAAACCAAAUAAAAAAUGCAUCUUUUGUGCUACCCUUUCUUCAUCCUUUGGUAUUCUUGCUGGAUUGCAUCAAAAGUAACAAAAAGUUGAAAGCCAUUAAAUUGUGAAACUCCUCUGUACCUUUUGGGCACGAAAGAGCUCUCAAUCAUUAAGUUUGACAUGUUGAAGAAGGCCUAACCAACCUUCUUCUUCCUUCCA